UAUUUUUAAACGGAGACACCUAGAAAGCGCGGGACAACGCAAAAAAACUGCAGCCAUGAGUGUAACAGCCGUUUCGCAGAGAUUGAGUGAUUUGGGUGAGGGACCCCACUGGGAUGUCAGCACUCAAAAGCUGUACUAUGUUGAUGCUUUUGUAGGCGAUGUAUGCAGAUUAGAUCCUGCAACAGGUGUCAGUGAAGUGGUCCAUUUAGAUGGAAUCACCACUUUUGUGAUCCCUUACCGAUCGGAUCCAUCAAAAUUACUUAUUACCCUGACUCGUCAGAUUCGCAAGCUAGACUUCGCGACUGGAGAAUCGCAGGUUCUCUCCGAAUUACCUGCGGAACCGAGUGAAGCUCGUUUCAACGAUGGAAAAUGUGAUGCAAAUGGACGAGCAUGGACUGGAACCUUAGUUCCAGGGCAAGAUGAAAAAGGUCACUUAUAUAGAAUCGACCCAGAAUAUGCAUUGACACGAGUUUCUGACAAAAUUACUCUUUCUAAUGGGUUGGCUUGGUCGCUGGACAACAGAACGCUAUACUUCAUUGAUUCCGAAGCAAGAAAAAUAUAUUAUUUUGAUUAUAAUUUACAGGAUGGAACGGCAACUAACAAACGAAUUCUGAUUAAUUACAACGAAAGGAAGGAGUUUGAUAACCUUGGAGUGCCAGAUGGAAUGACGAUAGAUAUAGAAGGAAAACUGUGGGUAGCUCACUUUGGUGGCGCUUGUGUGCUUCGUAUUGAUCCAGAAACAACAAGUAUUCUAAGAAAAAUCGACAUCCCAGCCACAAAUGUUACGUCCUGCUGCUUUGGUGGGCCUCAUUUCGACAUUCUGUACGUGACUACGGCACAGAAAGCUGGCGUGACUGAUCAACCUCAAGCGGGUGCAGUUUUUGCCGUGACUGGUCUCGGAACCAGGGGAAAUCCACCCAAUAAUUUUGCGGAAUGAAAAGGGAAUUUCGUAUCAGAUUAAAAUUUUGUCCACUUAAUUCAAUCGUUGAGAAAAUAAUAUUGAACGAGAAAUAAGGAAAUUGUAAAAAUAACUGCCAAUAAAAAUAAUUUAUUUCUACGGAA